CACAUUAUUCUUCUGUUCUUCUCUAUCUUCCUAUAUGUUCCAAAUUCAGCCAUGACUAACUUCCCAAGGUCUCUCCGAUAUUCUUCUUUAACCCUUUUCAAACAGUCCAUCCUUUCUAAUCUCUAGCCCUCCUUCCUUCCAUUAAAUAGUAAAAUUAAAAGCCUCUUUCUUGUUUCUUUUCUAGGAUUAACUAAUAAAUGGGUGGUGGAGAGAGGAGUCUGAGUCUUCUUAACAAACAUCUGCACUUUUCUCACCUCCUUAUUCAUCAUCAUCAUCAAGGGAAAAAACAGGGGAAAAAAGAUGUGCUGCCCAAAGGGUAUCUGGCUAUAAAAGUAGGGCAAGCAGAAGAAGAGCAACAAAGAUUUGUAGUCCCUGUUUCCUACUUCAAUCAUCCACUUUUCAUUCAGUUACUCAAAGAGGCAGAGGAAGUUUAUGGUUUUGAUCACAAGGGAAAUAUUACUAUUCCGUGCCAUGUUGAACACUUCCGCUGCGUUCAGGGAGAAAUUGAUAAACACCACCAACAUCACCAUCUUUAUGUUCCCUGCUUUAGGGCUUGAGAAUCUAUAAUUCUCAGUUUUUUUUUUGUUUUUUUUUUAGAUUCUUAGAAUGGUAGAGAUCGAGGCCAGGAAUGGAUAGGGAUAGGAGAUGGUUAAUGAUAAUGACUAAAAAUGCUUCUGUUUGUUUCCAAUGCUUUGUCAUUGGGUUAGCUUAAAGUAAUGGUACUGAAUUUGUUAUCGUUUUAUUUUC